AUGAAUAACCAUCUUCUAGAGAAUGUUGCAGGCUCAGUGUGGUUAGUAAAUGAAAUAUUGAAGGCUUUAGAGACAUCAGCAAAUGAAGUAUUGCAGAUCCAGAAGACACCAGCUGAAGAGAGAGUUCAAAAGCAACAUCAGCAAGUGUGGCAUCUCAACACUGAAGUCUAUAAAAAGGAGAAUAAGCUUAAAAAUGAGGAAUCAAAGCAGAUGAUGCACUGGUCAUAUUUUCUGAAGUUCAACAAGAAGAAAAUCUUCAAUAUUAUUAAAAGUAUUCAGAUUCAAAAGAUGGUAGAGACUGACAAGAAUGAGAAUCCCAAUAUAAAGAUGCAUUGCUGCAAUGACAGUGAGAAGCUUCUCACUUAUUUUGUGAAGCAUUUCAUCAAAGACAGAUUUUUUGAUGUCUUCUAUUGA